GAGAAGUUAAUUUAAGUUGUAUGAAAUUCCCGGUCGCAGGUCAUGCCGCGAUUGCGCCUUUAACUCGGCCAGUUUGGGUUGUGACCACGCCCCUAAAAUAAUUUAAUUGGCUCACGGUUAGACGGUGCUUGAGUCUGACUUCCGGGUUUUUGUGCGUGUGUGUGUGUUUAUGUUCGGUGGGAGUUUAUCAGUCCUGUCUGCUCUAUCAUUGUAGAGUUUUAUCUCUGAACGCAUAAAGACAAGAUGAGCACGCUGUCCUUAUCUCGCUCUGAAGUGUUCGGGGAGCUGAGGAAAGAGCUGCAUGAGGAUAAAGAAUUUCACGAGUCUGAUGUCCAUAUCUUCGUCAUUUUGGGUGCAUCAGGAGAUCUGGCCAAAAAGAAGAUUUAUCCAACUCUAUGGUGGUUAUUCAGAGAUGGUCUUCUUCCUGAGCAGACCUUCUUUGUCGGCUUUGCCCGCUCUAAUUUGACUGUGGAUGCCAUUCGGACAGCCUGUCUGCCCCACAUGAAGGUGGCAGACACGGAAGCAGACCGACUCUCCGCCUUCUUCAGCCGUAACUCCUACAUAAGUGGGAAGUAUAAUGAUGAGGGUGCAUUUUCCAAUUUGCAUUUGCACAUGUUGUCUCUUCCUGGGGGUGCAGAUGCCAACCGUCUCUUCUACCUGGCCCUGCCACCCAGCGUUUACCAUGAUGUCUCCAAGAACAUCCGACACCACUGUCUUAGCACCAAAGGGUGGAACCGAGUGAUUGUCGAAAAGCCGUUUGGCCAUGACCUGCAGAGCUCAGAGGAAUUGUCCAAUCAUCUUUCCUCUCUGUUCACUGAGGACCAGAUCUACCGCAUAGACCAUUACCUUGGUAAGGAGAUGGUGCAGAACCUCAUGGUCCUAAGGUUUGGAAAUAGAAUAUUUGGACCCAUAUGGAACCGUGAGAGUGUUGCUUGUGUGGUUCUGACCUUUAAAGAGCCUUUUGGAACCCAGGGCAGAGGUGGAUACUUUGAUGACUUUGGCAUCAUUCGCGAUGUCAUGCAGAAUCACCUUCUGCAGAUGCUGUGUCUGGUUGCCAUGGAGAAACCUGCCUCCACCAGCUCAGAUGAUGUCAGAAAUGAGAAGGUCAAGGUACUGAAGUGCAUUGCUCCUGUUUCGCUCUCGGAUGUGGUUUUGGGCCAGUAUGUAGGAGAUCCACAGGGAGAGGGAGAUGCCAAGCUGGGCUACCUCGAUGACCCGACUGUCCCGAAAGGAUCUACACAGGCUACGUUUGCUACAGCUGUACUGUAUGUAAGGAAUGAACGCUGGGAUGGUGUUCCGUUCAUACUGAGAUGUGGGAAGGCAUUGAAUGAGCGGAAGGCAGAAGUGAGGCUGCAGUUUAUGGACGUACCAGGCGACAUCUUUGAUUCCCAGUGCCGUAGGAAUGAGCUGGUGGUGCGUGUCCAGCCUAACGAGGCGAUCUAUGCCAAGAUGAUGAGCAAGAAGCCUGGAGUCUAUUUCAACCCUGAGGAAACCGAGCUGGAUCUGACCUACCGGAGCAGAUACAAGGAUGUGAAGCUUCCAGAUGCAUAUGAGCGUCUGAUUCUGGACGUCUUCUGUGGCAGUCAGAUGCACUUUGUGCGCAGUGACGAAUUAAGGGAAGCAUGGAGGAUCUUCACCCCACUUCUUCAUCAGAUUGAAAAAGAGAAAAUCGUUCCCUUUAAAUAUAAAUAUGGAAGCCGUGGCCCUACCGAGGCAGAUGAGUUGGCACAGAAGGUGGGCUUCCGUUAUGAGGGAACAUACAAAUGGAUCAAUCCGCACAAACUCUGAGCAGGGUAGACAGUGUUUGUGUAGGUUUGUCUGCAGACCAAAAGGAUUUAUAGAUACCAUCCAUAUAAAUAAUUAUUUUUCAUAUCAGGCCUAGAAACUGUGUGCAUAUAAUAAUCAUAUGUUGUCUACUGUAACCACUUACUCUCUGAAGAGUUAACUAUCAUUCCCUAAUAUUGCAUUCCAAUACCUGUCUAGUCCUUAUAGGCACUAGUCAAGAUUCUGAAGUUUAUACAGCUUGUGUUGUAUUUUUUUUUCUCCAUUUUCUUUUUCCUCUCUUUUUAUAUAUUAUUGCUCUAAUCUGUAACUGAAUAAAGAAAUGUGAGUCACUGCA